GCACAGUGAAUUGCGUGACUCCGAGCCGUCCCAGCCGCUAAAUUACUUACUUGGAGCUUGCAUUCUUCGGCCCUUCUAACUUACCUCGUAACGCCGUGGUGGUGUGGUGGGAACCGUCUGAGCGGUGCUGCGACAACAAGCGCCUAGGUCACAAGCUCCCCUUCCAACAUCAACAGCAACGGCAGUGAGAUGGCAGAGGGCAAGCAGGAUGCCGUCGUGCCGUUUUACUACAGUCAUGUGUGGAAAAAUGUGCUUCUACUCGCUCUAAGCGCUCUCUGCGCGCCCAUUUCAGCAGCCCUCGUGUUGGUUGCAUACGGCGUGUCGAGGUUUGACGGCAAACGCGAUGCGACUUUUUCAGAAGAAGACAAGAGACAUGUUGCUGCAGCACAGCGACAGAAGACUGUGCUCGUUACUGGAGUGUCCAUGACCAAGGGCUUGACAAUUGCGCGCAAUUUAGCCCAGCAUACUCCUCAUCGCAUCAUCGGUGCCGACAUUUCCGCUCUGUCACCCGGUCGCUUUUCCAGCGCUAUUUCGAAAUAUUACUGUCUGGAAACACCGAGUGGCGAUGACGCAGAACCUUAUAUCGACUCGAUCCUUACCAUUAUCCGGCGUGAGAAGGUCGACCUAUGGAUCAGCUGCUCUAGCGUCGUGGCAGCCGUAGAAGAUGGCCAAGUCGUUCGUCUAGCAGAGCAGCAGGCAAAAGAGCAAGGCCGCCACUUUGAAGCCAUUCAAUUCCGCGAAGAUGUUGUGGAAAAAUUCCACGAGAAGGACAGGUUCAUUGAGUACAUUGAGUCGCUUGACCUCCCUAUUCCGGAAUCUCAUCGCUGCACGAGUCCAUAUGAGGCGCUCGAUGUACUCAUGGGGGAGCUGCAUAGAACCCCCACGAAAUCUGGCAGGACAGCGCCUAGGAGGCAUUUUAUCAUGAAACCAAUUGGUGUGGACGACAAGGCGAGAAACAAUAUGAUGACGUUGCUCCCUUUCAGGACACCAGAUGCGACCGCCGAGUACAUCAGGUCGCUCAACAUCAGCAAAGAGAACCCAUUUCAGCUACAGCAGUUUAUCAAGGGCAAAGAAUACUGUACGCAUGCUCUUGUAAUCCGCGGUAAAGUCAAAGCGUUUACCAGCUGCCCCAGCCUGGAACUGCUGAUGCACUACGAGCCACUGCCUGCAUCUUCCCCGUUGAGCCAGAAGAUGCUCGAGUUCACAGAACGUGUCUGCCAAGAUGGCGGAAAGACCUUCACCGGACACCUGAGUUUCGAUUUCCUAGUCGAAGACGACGACAAGGGCGGUAACGCAAAGUUCUACCCCAUUGAGUCCAACCCGCGAGCACACACUGCUGUCGUUCUGUUCGAGCAAACACCCGAAAUGGCAGAAGCAUACAUGUCCAUCUUCAACAGCCCGAAUCCCCUGUCAUCGAAAUCAAAAUCUGAGCCUGUCUACCCACGAAGACCGACACACAGCUACUACUGGAUCGGACAUGACCUCGUCUCUUUCGUAAUUCUUCCUCUUCUCGAUCUCUUGUCCGGCGCCACGACUCUCCAACGCGCAUUCAAGCAGCUGGAGACUUUCUGGCAUCAUGUAGCGUACUGGAAAGAUGGAACGUAUACUUUUGAUGAUCCCAUCCCGUUAUUUAUCCUGUAUCAUGUGUACUGGCCCGCGAAGUUCCUAGGUGCGCUUGUUAAGGGGAAGAGCUGGAGUCGUAUUAAUGUGAGCACUACAAAGAUGUUCGAGGGGUGA